AUGGAUAAGAAGAGAGAUGUGAGAGACUUGGACUAUGGGAUACAGACAUGGCUGGUCCAUCCUACGGCUGUCCGCUGCCUCUCUGGCCACCCAGAGAAGACGAGACAGAAGAUGAGAGACGGAGGAGAAGAAGAGAAGAUAGAAGAUACUUGGUACAUCAGAGACGGUCUUGAUAGAGGAGAGACAUCAAGUGGGAUCCUCUGGCUCAGCUACAGGAUGCAGACAGCAGACAGCAUGCGAUUAUAA